CUACCUGACUAGUCUAUGCAGUGCAGUUACUCCUCGGCUUGCAGCACUCACCUCAAUCUAGUAGACUCCCUGAUCACACUUCGUGCAAAUUUCUCUCACCGAAUUUCAAAUCUCCUCUCUCUCAUCCAACUCAACAAAGUUACCAAAUUCCUCGCAAACCAGCAAUCUACCAAAAGGGAAUACCUACUUGACGUCUGUCGAAAGUAUUGUAUCAGUUGAAAGUGAUUGACAGUGUUAGUGACGAGUGACAAAGAAUCAAUAUUUUAAUUUGGAGCUAAAAAGGAUGAGGUGACUGGAAGGAAUCAUUGAGAAACUCUGCUGUUCCUGUACCGCAAUCAAUACAAUAACUACCUACCGCAAAAAUGAGUGAAACAUUUCAUUUACUCACCUUUUUAUCUAUAGCAACUCUUAUUCAACAUACCACACAGCAAAAUGAUUUGAGUUUAUCCAACUUUGCUAGCCGCUUUUCAUCAUGUAAAAUGUACUCAAAGGAAUUUGAUAACUGCAUUAAAAAAGCGCUGAAUGAUGUUAGGCCAUGGUUUAAAACAGGCCUGCCUGAGCUAAACAUAGCUCCAUUUGAUCCAUUUUUCGCCAAAGAAGUGAUACAGAAACGAGGAGGCCGGAAUUUGAACUAUAAAUUGAAACUAACUGAUGUUUUCGAGAGGGGUUGGACAGUAUCAGAAGUCACCAAAUUCAAAUACAACCCCGAAUUGAAUUCUGUCCGCUACACUCAAUUCUUCCCUGAAAAAUAUCUUGAAGGAGCUUAUGAAAUGGAAACUCAAAUGGCGCAACUGUCGAGAAUGCAGAAUAAGGGUGUUUGGAAUAUGACACUCUACAACUAUAUGCAAACUACCACUAUAAGUCGACCCAAAGAUGCUAAAACCCUGAAAGUAAGAAUUGAAGUGGACAAGAUAGGAAACAUGGACUUGCACGUCAGUAACUUACUGAGAGGGAGAAAUGUUUUAGAGGGCAUAAUGGACAGGAUAAUCAAUGCCAGCUGGAGACCUGGGUUCGCAGUGAUCAGACCUCUCAUCAAUGAUAUAGUGAGCACUGCUUUCACCGACAUAUUCAACAAAGCAUUCAACAAUCUCAACAUCUAUGCCAUACUUCCUUCACCCUAAUUUCCUUUUACAUCUUGCCAUAAGUUUUUCACUGGACUUGCAAAUUUCAUUUUACUUAAUAUCUCUGAUGGAGAUUAUGAUGGAGACUAGCCUAUAAUAACUGAUAUAAAACAACAAAAUAUGUUGUUCAGUAUCCAAUUUUUCAUAGAAAAUGACCUUCUUCAGGCCUACCCUAUCGAAAACCUUUGACAAUGGUCUCCUUAUGUUUAUAAGAUUGCCACUAUAGAUAUACUCCUUAUAAUAUUAUAAAAUAUUUUAUGAAAUAUCAUUGAUUUUCAAUCAGCUUUUAUGAAAACGUGAUGUGCAAUUCUUUAAUGACAGUAUUUUUUUUAGUUAUACCUCUAUUAUAUUGGCAGCUUCGACCAGCGUGAAAGAUCAUGCAUACCAUAAUGAAUGCAAUUUAAAUUGUAAAUUUAUCUUACAUCUUGCAACGAAUUGUAAUUAGCGAAUUGUAAUUAGGUCAUUACAGUGUCGAGGUCACACAAGUCCCUAUUAAGACUUCAAAUAAGCUCUGUCUGUUUUUGAUCAAUUCGAAACACAAA